GUAUAACACUUAGCUCCACAGAAGCAGCCGUCCUAGCUAGCAUGAAUGGGUGAGUGACUGAUGGGACCAUGCAAGCUCUGAGUCUUGGCUGCCUUGGCCGUAUGUCUCUCCUCAGCAGCAACCACCCACCUGCCCACUCGUUUUGCAGAUUUAUUUGUUAGUAGGUAGACUGUCCACCUUGCUCUAGAACCUAGAAUUUGAUUUUAGAAUCUGGAAUGGAAUCGAGGCAAGGGCUAUUUAAAAUUGCCACCUGCCUUCUCCAGCUCUCCCAUCCUCCCAGCAUCUUGCCUGUCUGACAUAGUCCCCUACUUCUGUUUACAGUCGCUCUCCCGGCAGCCCUGCGACCCGGAGACUUGGUGUCUUCGUAGCUGUGUCUACGUGCAGAGCCUGCAUGCAGUAGGCGUUCAGCCUCGUGGUGGCCGGAACGCAGAGAGCCCUCCCGGGUGGGCCCCGCGGCCUGGGCCUGGGCCAGGGCCGGGCACGGAGGGGUUAAGCCGCGCGCGCUUCCGACCCGCAGGUGGCGCCGUCCCGCCUCGGUGCCACUCGCCGCGCUCCGAAGUGCGGGACAGAAUCGCAGCGAGCGCAGAGCCGAAGCUCAGCCCGACUUGUUGAUCUCGCGCAGGCAGCCGCGGCCGCCGCCGAGCCCAGCCGGAGCCCGAGGUGGAGGCGGAGGCGCCGCCGAUCGCCCGAGCCGCGUAGUCUCCGCGCCCCGCAGAGCGCCCCGCCCGCGCCCCGCAGCCCCGGUGCCGGUGCCGCCCGCCCGCCCGCCCGGCCGGCCGGGGUAGGCCCAGCCCGGCCCCGGGACCGCCGCUGCCGCGGGCGGGGGCGCGGGCGGCCGGCGAGAUGCGCGCGGCGCGGCCUCGGGAGGCGGCCGCCCUGGGGCCGUCGGGAUGGAGGUGAGACGGCAGCCGUGACGCCCGCCCUCGCGUACCCCUGCACCGCAGCGGCCCGCAGCGCUCCCCGCCCCCCGCCCCCGCGGCAGCGGGCCUUGCCGUCGAGUGACAGCGGCCUGGGGGGGCAGGGGGGGCGGGGACGGCCGGACCAGCGAUGCCGGCGGGCAUGACGAAGCAUGGCUCGCGCUCCACCAGCUCGCUGCCGCCCGAGCCCAUGGAGAUCGUACGCAGCAAGGCGUGCUCACGCCGGGUGCGCCUCAACGUCGGGGGACUGGCGCAUGAGGUGCUGUGGCGCACUCUGGACCGCCUGCCCCGCACGCGGCUGGGCAAGCUCCGGGACUGCAACACGCACGACUCUCUGCUCCAGGUGUGCGACGACUACAGCCUUGAGGACAAUGAGUACUUCUUCGACCGCCACCCGGGCGCCUUUACCUCCAUUCUCAAUUUCUACCGCACGGGCCGCCUGCACAUGAUGGAGGAGAUGUGCGCGCUGAGCUUCAGCCAGGAGCUGGACUACUGGGGCAUCGAUGAGAUCUACCUGGAGUCCUGCUGUCAGGCCCGCUACCACCAGAAGAAGGAGCAGAUGAACGAGGAGCUGAAGCGCGAGGCCGAGACUCUGCGGGAGCGGGAGGGCGAGGAGUUCGACAACACGUGCUGCGCCGAGAAAAGGAAGAAACUCUGGGACCUGCUGGAGAAGCCCAAUUCAUCGGUGGCCGCCAAGAUCCUGGCCAUCAUCUCCAUCAUGUUCAUUGUCCUCUCCACCAUCGCCCUGUCUCUCAACACACUGCCCGAGCUACAGAGCCUGGACGAGUUUGGCCAGAGCACGGAUAACCCACAGCUGGCGCACGUGGAAGCGGUAUGCAUUGCAUGGUUCACCAUGGAGUACUUGCUGAGGUUCCUGUCCUCUCCCAAGAAAUGGAAGUUUUUUAAGGGCCCUCUCAAUGCCAUUGACUUAUUGGCCAUCCUGCCCUACUAUGUCACCAUCUUCCUCACGGAAUCCAACAAGAGUGUGCUGCAGUUCCAGAAUGUGCGCCGUGUGGUCCAGAUCUUCCGCAUCAUGCGCAUCCUUCGCAUCCUGAAGCUGGCCCGCCACUCCACCGGCCUCCAGUCCCUGGGGUUCACACUGCGCAGGAGCUACAACGAGCUGGGCUUGCUCAUCCUCUUUCUUGCCAUGGGCAUCAUGAUCUUCUCCAGCUUGGUCUUCUUUGCCGAGAAGGAUGAGGAUGACACCAAGUUCAAAAGCAUCCCUGCCUCUUUCUGGUGGGCCACUAUCACCAUGACAACCGUUGGGUAUGGAGACAUCUAUCCUAAGACUCUUCUGGGGAAAAUCGUGGGCGGCCUCUGCUGCAUCGCUGGGGUCCUGGUGAUCGCCCUUCCCAUUCCCAUCAUCGUCAAUAACUUCUCAGAAUUCUACAAGGAGCAGAAGCGGCAGGAGAAAGCCAUCAAGCGGAGAGAGGCUCUGGAGAGAGCCAAGAGGAAUGGCAGCAUUGUGUCCAUGAACAUGAAGGAUGCCUUCGCCCGGAGCAUCGAGAUGAUGGACAUCGUGGUGGAGAAAAACGGAGAGAGCAUGGCUAAGAAGGACAAAGUGCAGGAUAACCACCUGUCUCCCAACAAGUGGAAAUGGACCAAGAGGGCACUAUCUGAGACCAGCUCAAGCAAGUCCUUUGAAACCAAGGAGCAGGGGUCCCCGGAGAAGGCCAGAUCGUCUUCUAGUCCUCAGCACCUGAAUGUCCAGCAGUUGGAAGACAUGUACAAUAAGAUGGCCAAGACGCAGUCCCAACCCAUCCUCAAUACCAAGGAGAUGGCGCCGCAGAGUAUGCCGAAGGAGGAGCUGGAGAUGGAAAGUAUGCCCAGCCCCGUGGCCCCUCUGCCCACACGCACAGAAGGCGUUAUCGACAUGCGGAGCAUGUCCAGCAUUGACAGCUUCAUCAGCUGUGCCACGGACUUCCCUGAAGCCACCAGAUUUUCCCACAGUCCUCUGGCUUCCCUCCCCAGCAAGGCUGGGGGCAGCACAGCUCCAGAGGUAGGCUGGCGGGGGGCUCUGGGUGCCAGUGGUGGGAGACUCAUUGAGGCCAACCCCACUCCUGAGGCCAGCCGCUCUGGCUUCCUCCUUGACAGUCCCAGGAGUUCUAUGAAGACCAACAACCCCAUGAAGCUCCGAGCGCUCAAGGUCAACUUCAUGGAGGGCGAUCCCAGCCCGCUGCUGCCCUCUCUGGGGAUGUACCACGACCCUCUUAGGAACAGGGGGGGUGCAGCAGCUGCGGUCGCAGGACUGGAGUGCGCCUCACUCUUAGACAAGCCUGUGCUGAGCCCAGAGUCCUCCAUCUACACCACAGCAAGUGCCAGGACACCCCCUCUCUCCCCCGAGAAACACACAGCAAUAGCAUUCAACUUUGAGGCGGGCGUCCACCAGUACAUAGACACGGACACAGAUGAUGAGGGACAGCCGCUCUACAGCGUGGACUCCAGUCCUCCCAAGAGUAUCCACGGGAGCACCAGCCCCAAGUUCAGCAUCGGAACUAGAACGGAGAAGAAUCAUUUCGAAAGCUCCCCCUUGCCCACCUCCCCUAAGUUCCUAAGGCCGAACUGUGUCUACUCCUCAGAAGGGUUGACUGGGAAAGGCCCCGGAGCUCAAGAGAAGUGCAAGCUGGAGAACCACACCUCCCCCGACGUACACAUGCUGCCUGGGGGAGGAGCACACGGGAGCACUCGGGAUCAGAGCAUCUGAGCUGCCCACCACAGAGGGGAGUUUGCAGGAGAAAUCAAGGAGGGGGAUGCUUGGCUUGCUGCCGCUGAGUUCUACAUGACCUCAGAGACACAAGGCCCCCCGCAGAGCUCCAACAACAGGAGAGACCCCGAGAGCCAUGACAGGUCUAUGGGACACAUAACCAGCCGAGCCACGGGAACCAUACCUCCUAACAGCACCUUCCCGAGAUGAAAUGAUCAGCGCUCACAGCCACUAAGACCUAGCCUAGGCCACCCACUUCCUAGUUCCCUCUUGAGGCUCUCCCAACCUCUGAGUGCGCCAUCUCCAUCUCUGGUGGCUUCAGCUGGAUGAGGUCAUUGGAGCAAGGGGCUGCUAGCGAAAGAGUGGGUUGACCAAGUAGUACUGGCGUUGCCUAGCCACCUCCAAGAACACCUGCCCUCCGUGGCAAGGCCGUGCUGUUAGAAGGGUACAGGGGACACUUUGAUCAUGAGGAAUCCUCUCCUCCAUCGGCCAUGGUCCCAGCGCAUAACCCGUAACCAGGCAAGCGGCUUGAAUGAGUCAGUAUUCUGUGGCGCCCAGGGCUUUAUUCUAGGACGCUGUCAGGGUGAGCUGACAAUUCAGACUCCAUUCUUUCUGCCCACCUGGCAACCGAGGAAGGGUUCAGACGGUUGGCAUGCAGCCAGGGGGAAGAACCAGACCACCGCUUUUAGGGCCUGUCACAGGAAUGAGCGUUCCAGACAGCACUAGCUUGAACUCAAAAGAUAGGUGAGCGCCAAAUAUGCAAACAAGAUAGAUUAUUCAAAGAGACUGUGUGGCUGAAGAACGGCAGUAAAAAAUAAUAAAUUUCAUUUUCUACAUGAAAAAAAAAGAAAAAGAAAAAAAAAAACAGAGCCCUCCCUGAACUGCCCUGUGCAGGCUUCUGACGACUUUUCGUUGUGGCGGGGAACAUAGGAACAUACCUACUAUGAGAGAAGUUCUUUUUUUGUUUUGUUUUGUUUUUGUUCUUUUGUUUGUUUCCUGUGGUAUUCAAACUAAAAAAUAAUAAUAAGUUAAUAAAAAGCACUUUAUGUUUUUCUAAUCUAGGUUCUACCAGGGACAGUGUCAAGAUCUUGCACUUUAAAACAAGCACUAUUUCCCAUGGGCCGCAUGGUGGCCCUGCACUUGGGGUGUUACUCGUGCCCCUUUCUGGCCACACUGGUUCUCACUGUCACCGCAUUAGAGUCCGGGGCUCCUCCAUGGCCCCUCAGGAUCACCCCUCAUCUCUCAUGGGUCAGAAGGGGUCCUCAGCCCUCGGGGCAGGGCUCUCUUAAAAUCCCGUGUGAAAGAGACACACAUGUCUCAGAAGGGCGCAGCAACUGGGGGUUGGGUAUUGUACUGUUCUUUCUUGUCAACCAGCCAUUGUGUGUUCUGUGUCUCUGUCUGUCCUGGAAGCCCGACGCUCCUUCCCGCAGUCAUCUAGGCAGACGGCACAGCCAAAAGCAAUAAGUACCCGUGUGUAUCCCUAGAGGUUCUGACGUACUUCCUGGUGUCAGUCUUCCUGUCCUAGCGUGUUGACCUGGCGUUGUCCUGCCUACUUGUAACCCAGUGACACCAGUCUGCACAAUGCUGUAGCUAUGGCUUGUCUAUCAGUAAAGAUGGUGUUAUCGGUCAGCCUGUCGGUAGUACAUGGAGCAAUGUGGUUUUCUUACUAUAGCGGUAGUGGAUAAUGUCCCAAAGGCUGUAGUGUCCUCCUUUCUGUCCUCAAAACAGUGACAGGCGUGUGUCUUCCUGAUGGAGCAAUGACAUGGUAUUGAUCACCUGUCCUCAGUAUAGUUUAUGGCUGGUCUGCCCAACAGUUCAAUGGCAUGAUCCACCCAUCAGCACACUUACAUCCCAAUGUUCUGCCUCCUGUUCCCAUGACUGAGGUCAGGCCACCUGUCACAGGUAGAACGCUCAAGGGUUAUUACAUCAACCUUAAACAAAGUGUCUUCUACAGUUUGUGACAGUUCUCAGCAUCUCGGGGGACCAGGGUGCUCUCCCUCUGGAGGGUGCAUUUGCUGUGGUUGGAGAAGACCGAGACAUCAACUGUCUCGCAGGCCUCAGAGCUUUCUCAAAACAGAAGCGAAGGGGUAGACAGUGAAGGUCACCCUGUCCAGCAGUGCCCUGGAGACAGGCUCUGGAGUCCCCCUGCUGAGCUCGGCCUGGUGCUGGGGGCCUGUUGCUGUGACCAUGGGGCCAUUCCGCUCACCAUCGCUCAUGUCUCUUCUUUGUUUUUCCAUCACCCUAGAUGUCACCCAGCAGCACAAAUGUGAAAAUUCAGGGAAAACAAAACAAAUGCUUUUUGAUAAAAAGUAAAUAGUUGUGAUUUCCGAUUCAGAUAUUUUUAGAGCUAUCUGUAAAAACUCCUACUGAUGAUAGAGUCUAUUUUACAUAUCAGGAAGUAAACAUGUCUUAACAUAGCCAUAUAUAGCCAGAAGGAAGUUACCGCCCCCUUCUUCAAAUCAAGGCAUUUCAUUUGUUGGUUAAGCCGAAGGCAGGUGUACAGAAGAGAAAUGACUUCUUUCUUUUUAAGAAACACUUGGUGCGACUUCUCCUUGUAACCAAAGGCCCCUUCUGCCUUGUGUCGUGCAGGACCUGGCUGUCCCUUCCUCCUGCGUUUUGUCUGACCUUAAAGUAGCAUUUUACAGAGUCAGUGAAGGAGGAAUUCAGAGUACCCCUUCCCAGCUGAAUAAACAGAGUCCGACCGAGUUCCUAUAGAAAUUCAUCAACUCAGAGUAAACUAUGCGUAAAUGUUUUCUGCUUUGUUUUGGAUUUUGCUGGUUUGUUUUGUUGUUGUUGUUUCUGUUCUUCCCCACUCACGUGUGUGUGUGCCGUGGGAUACAGCUUUUCCUCCCCAUGUGACUCAAGUCAGUACUGUGAACUUUCCUACCAGCCCUCCGCCUGCUAAAAAGGAACCGAGUUUCAUUCCGCACACACCCAACAUGGGUACCUGCGUUUACAUGCACUGGGGAAGCUGGAGAAGGGUCACCAAGAUGAUGUUGAAUCUGACAGAUGGUUCUCAGUCAUGAAAAGGUGUGGAGGCAGAGGCCCCUGAACUUGGUGGUCCAUUUCCGCCUGUCCUGAGCCAACCGGAGCAAAGGAAGUGAGGUGCCCUGAAUAACACCAAGGGCUGGAGGUGGAGAUUCAGUUAUGGUCCAGUUGUGAAGCCAACAGGACUGUCAAGAACCCAGCGGAACUCGAGUUCCAGCGUCCAUCCCAUUAUCAGAAAAGGCAUAGGGCAGCUGUGCGCACCCAGAGGGGAGGACAGAUCAGUCCUCUCCACCCUUCCACCAUUGAUGCCCCCAAAACAACAGGUCUCAGACUGCAGAUUUCUCUCUGGGGUUCCAUCUUAAGUACAUUGAGAGGAGAAAGAGAGAAAGACGAGAACGGUGGUCAUCGAGGAGAGAGGAAAUACCCGAAUCAUGAGGAAGCCAUCCUUGACCCACUCUGCUCCCUCCCAACAGUUGAGCCUUGCCUCUGGUCCACCUCCUCUGUGUUCCACAGUUGCAGCCUCAUCUUGGUCCCUUCUCCUGAGAAGAUCCACGUUUUUAAGAAGGAAGAAAAGAAACCACACAAGACACAACAGCAUCCUCGUCUAUACAACUGUAAUGUACUGUCGACUUUUGUAAUUAUUAUGCAUUUGUCUGGCUCUGGUCAUGGCUGGAAUGUAUCUAGUCCAUGAGCAAGGGCAUAUUUAAAAUUCAUCACAGACGAGGAUCCCUAAAGCCAGGUUCCUCUAUAUAACUAGAGAGACAGAUAGAUAUAGAUACAGAAAUAUCUCUUCCUUAUUUCUCUGCCAACUUUUCUCAAGGAAAGAAACCACAGGUUGCGCUGAAUCAAAGAUUGCACAGGCGAGCUUCUAGAGCAUGCUUCUUCGGAGAUGUGCUUUGUGCCUGAGUAGCUGAGAAGUUGGCAGAAGAAUGAGGGGGACUCCCAGGUCGCCAGAAGGACAUUGGAACACUCCAGCCCCAGGCAUUUCCUAACCUAUUACUGUUUCUAUGACAACACUCAAAUGCUUUCAUGUCACCAGGCCAGGGCCACCCAAACCAGCCCUGGGCACACCUGGAAAUAAGAGUUACCUCUGCAUUUUCUGUUGCCAUUGUUUCUGGCUCUAGAAGCAUCUGUAUCCUAGGAUGUCCACACAUCUCAGAGUAGUCUAUUUUUUUUGUUCAGAUAAAAUAUAUAUAUAAUAUGUAUUUUUAGUAUAUUUAUAAUAGGACAAUUUAGUCUAAUUUCUUUUGUAACAGUAAUAUUUGGGGGUUUUAUCGUUGCUCAUUUGCAUAGCUGGUCUUUUCUGCUCCCCAUUAUUCCUUCCCACUGUCCCUUGGGCUGUUUUUUUCUUUUCUUCUGUUGGAUUCUGGUUGUCUGGAGGUGAGGAAAGACUGGCGUUUGACAUCCUAGAAGACUGAGUUCCUGGCCCCCCAGUGGGGAGGGGGGCAUUGUGUCUUUCUUCAUUAGGUCUGUGUCCCCCUGGCUGUCACUCUUAAGAAUCCAGGUGUUCAGGAACAAGCCAGGUGAAACAGAGGUGUAGUUGGGACCUGGGUUGCCAGGAGCUCAGGCCUUACCCUCCCAGGAUCUUAAAGGACCGAGCUUUCUGGUUCCCCAAAAUACUGGAACCAAGACCCUCCUGCAAGCAAACUUGCUUCCGGCAAUCACUGAGCUCUGGAACACUCCUGAGUCCCUCUUGGCCAGGCCGUCCCCAUCUCCGCCAUCCUGCUUCCUUCCCAGGGCCACCAGCUGGAUGCAGGGACCAUGUGCAGGCUCUGGCAAACCUCAGAGAAUGAAUGUGCUGCGUCUCUGAUUCAUUUCUCACAGUCUUACCAAAAACCAGUGACCAGACAGCCUUCUAGCCAAAAACUGAGGCGUGGCAGCCCAAAGCUGCGAUCGUCCUGCCCAGUCCUUCCCAGCAGCGCCAAGUGUGAAAUUUGGGGCAAGGGCCUCAGUAUUUUUCCAGCUUCUGCUUUUCCAAACCUCUAGUCCUUGGUCAGUUCUGAACAUUCAUAUGUGAGGCGAUUUUGAGCCUGGGGGCAGGUGAUGGGCAGACACCACGUGGAAUCAUGAGGUUCUUCCAUCAGUCACCUACUUGGGACAGCAAAGAAAGCCAACCAGACUGCCUCCUGUGCUCAACAGGUCACCUGCUUGCCUCCCCUUCACCAGCAUCAGAGAUUUGGGUCGAGCCAGGACCUUCUCCAUCUCAAACAGUGAUGACAUCCCCAACUGAAAGAACCCCAAGAGGAUGCUAACCCAAACACAAUUCAUUAUCCUGGUGGUUGGAUUUUCUUUUCUUCCCUUUGGUUUUGUUCUGUUUUGUGGUCUUUGGAAUCUAACUAGGGCCUUGGCUGUGUCGGACAAGCGCCUGACCCCUGAGCUAUAUCCAGUUCGUUCCUGAAUGUAUUAUUUUGGAAUGUGAUUCUAAUCAAUUUCCCCAACCCUAAAAUUCCUGGUAGUCUGGUUUGUUCCAGAGCCAAAUAAAACAGACAAGAUUUUGUGUUUGUGAGUGUGUGCGUGUGUGUGUGUGUGUGUAACUUUUGCAUAAGAACAAAAUUAAAAAGUACUGUCCUGUUAUUUCCCAGGUUUCCUACCCGGAUAAGUAAACACUGGCUGUCUUCCCAAGAAAGAGGGGGUAUGCUAAUAUCCUCUUUCCUUGCGGUAGAAUUUCUCUAGAAAUUUCCAAACGGCAAUUUGAAUGGAAUUUGGAAGGGGCUGUUAGUCAAGUGAGCUCUCCUCUCCACGUCUAGCCCUACCUCUGUCCUCCUCAGCCAAGGUACUGAAGAAAUCUAAAAGCUAAUAGGAGAACAUGGGCAGGGAGUUGGCCCAAGAGAGUAGCCACCUAAUGUGAGUUGGUCAAUUUCCACUCAAAGCCAGUGAGCACUUUCUCAUAAGUCAGCUGAUCUGCUCAUGGAAUGCAAUGCAUGCUGGGUAAGGAGCUCCUGACUAUCCACUGUAUUGCAGGUGUUCACAGGGAGUCUAGAUAAUACACAAAUGGGCCCUGGCAUAAUCGCAAAAUUGGACUGGAAAUUCAAAGCAAUUCUUUCUUGGGGUGUGUGUGUGUGUGUGUGUGUGUGUGUGUGUGUGUGCGCGGCGCGUGCUGCUGUCCAUGGCCUUAUGUGCACAUGUCGGUAUCUGCAUAGGUGUCUUGAACAUUCUGGACCCAGGUUCAGGCCACAUAGACAAGGUCUUGGAGCACAGCUAGUGGGACCUAAGGUUAUAGGAUCAGGGCCAUCCCAGGAGGCACCAAAACAAGAAGGUUGCAGCAGGGGACUCAACUCACAAGCCUGACCCUGUCAGUCACUCACCUGGCCCUUUCCCUGGCCAGCAAAGGGUCAGUCCACAGAGUCCUACCUGUGGUUGGUCACCGCAUGGUGCUUCAGCCCCCUCCCCUAGAUCCUGUGCCCACCAAAAAGACGCAGUGAUCACCCCACAAGCCAGCCACCCACUGCCCAGGCAAUCCCAAAAGACGCCAUUUCAAAAAGGGCUUUUUGUUUCCCUGUUAAAUAAAAUAUUGAACCUAGUCAAGAUUUUCAAAGAUCUCUACCCACAAAACAAAUUCAGAAAAAUAAAAAAGACUGAGGUAGCCGUAAUUUCUGCUUUCAAGAAACAAAGCUCCAGCCGCUUCCAAGAAGAGAGGCUGCUCCCCACAUCCAUCCCCAAAGGACCUGCCUCCUGCCAUUCACCUUCACUCAACACAGAGCUGGUGAGCUCUUCCUCGCUGGGCAUGAUGGGUAAGGAGGAGGCGGCAUGUGAACUUCCAGGGAGUCCAAGCCCAGGUGGUCUCAGUGGUUUUGAAAGGCAAGGUAGACCAGUAGGCCGAGGUUGGCUGAAUCACUUUCUUCUAAAACUGAAUUAAACAGAAACCAGUUUCCAAAAUCUCAGCCCACAGAGGUGUUGCCCAAGACACUCAGCUGCAGUUACAGUGCACUUGGGGGGAAAGUAAGGAAUCCCCAAUUCCGUCCCACUUAGAUGUGCUCCAAGCCACACACACAGAGCUCACGCACUUCCUGCCUCCCUAGGCAAAGCUCUGGGUGGACAGGGUUGCACAUAAGGGACCCUAAGGGUCUAGCUCAACUGCACAGCUCCCAGCCUCUGGGCUUCCCCGGGGCUGAGACUUCUGAGACCAGCAGCACCCAAGAGCCAGAUUUUACUGCAAGGAGUACGGGGCUGGGGGGGGGAAGCUAUCCUCUUUCUCUCUAGGUCCGUUCGGUUUGGGUCUAAGCUAAAGGUCAGGGAGCCCCCCUUUUCUACACCAGAAGCCUGUGGCACACAAUGAUCAUCUGGCUUGUGUUUGGGGGAACAUGGAUGUGGGAGUGGGAAGUGGAUGGGGGCGUAGUAAAAAGGAGCCUUACCUGGCUCCGGGAUUGCUAACUGGGAAGAAAAGAGUGGGAGUUCCUUUCUCUCUGCACUGCCCCUGCUGAUCCCAUGUCUUCUAUGACUGUGUCUGGAGUCACAGUAACGCACACAUUUGAGGUUGGUAGCCUUGAACUGAUAGGGGCCAUGGUCUACUCAGAGCCUCUUGCCCUGAGACUGGCCAGCACCUGCUGCCUUCCUGCUUGUUCUACUUCAGUUCACAGGGAGGUCCCAGAGACCAUGGUAGACAUCCAGUAGUUCAAGCCAAGGGUCCAAGGUAGGUGGUGGUCUGGGACUUGACAAGGGCAGGAAGAUGGGAGCCAGUAUCUGUAACCAGAUCUCAUUUCCUGAGUUGUAAGAACCAAUGGUCUCUCCUUUUAACUGAGCCCCAAAGGCUCGCUUACAUUGACAAGCAUGCCAAUCCCAUCAGCUCAGACCCUCUGCCCCUCCCAGGACCCUAUAGCGUAAGGCUGGGGUUCUUCUGCCAGCAAAGCCAUUCUGAUUGCCCCACCCUCCAAGGGGGCCAAGCCAAUCAUAUUAGCCAUAAUCCACCAGGGUCCUCAGCCACUUUUCUUCCGGUUGUGUUCAUGGGUCCUGUUGAACCUUCACCAGUGGAAGGCUCUAGUCCUUCCUGUACAUGUGACAAUGUACAUUGGUGUGCAUGUGCUCAUACAUGCACAUGAGUGUGCACACAAGAAAACCAAUCAAAUCCCAGUGUUGUCUUCUGCAUGUGGUGAGAUGGACUUGUGACCCUUGUGUGACCUCCGGCUGCUGUCCUGUCUUGUAAAAAAAACGUUCACAUGUUUAAGAAUUUCCAAGCAAAUGGUCCCUUAAUGAAGUCUGCAGCGUUCAAUAAAAGAU